AUGAUGAGAGUUAAUUUAAAUAAAAUAAUUUCACUGGCUCGAAUAAGCAAUCAUGAAUUAUCGUUUCUAGCACCCAGUGCACGAUGUUUAGAUGGUUUACAUAGAUCUUUUGCAAAUGAGCCUGGCAGCACAGAAGUGGCGCCGGCGCCGGCGCAGCUCGUUGAGCCACCUCUCGUGGACUCUUUUGGUCGUCGUCACAAUUAUCUCCGUAUUUCGUUAACCGAGCGCUGUAAUUUAAGAUGCCAGUACUGCAUGCCGGCGGAGGGCGUGCCGCUGUCGCCGCGCGGCGCGCUGCUGUCGCGCGACGAGCUGCUGCGGCUGGCGCGCGUGUUCGUGGCGGCCGGCGUGGACAAGGUGCGGCUGACGGGCGGCGAGCCCACGCUGCGCGCCGACCUGGCCGACGUGGUGCGCGGGCUGCGCGAGGCGGGCGUGCGCGCCGUGGGCAUGACCACCAACGGCCUGGUGCUGACGCGGCGCCUGCCCGCGCUGCAGCGCGCCGGCCUGUCCGCGCUCAACGUGUCGCUGGACUCGCUGCGCGCCGACCGCUACGAGCGCAUGGCGCGCCGCCCGGGCCUGGCGCGCGUGCUGGCGGGCGUGGACCUGGCGCUGCAGCUCGGCUACUCGCCCGUCAAGAUCAACGUCGUGCUCAUGAAAGGUUUCAACGACGACGAGAUAAGUGACUUCGUGGAGUACACAAUGGAUCGCGACGUCGAAGUGAGGUUCAUCGAGUUCAUGCCGUUCUCCGGCAACCGCUGGGACGACUCCAAGCUGGUGCCGUACCGCGCGGCCCUGGCGGCGGCGCGCGCGCGCCACGAGCUGGCGCCGGCCGCGGCCCGGCCGCACGACACGGCCACGCUGUGGCGGGCCGCGGGCGCGCGCGGCGCCGUGGGCUUCAUCUCGUCCAUGACGCAACACUUCUGCUCGUCCUGCAACCGUCUGCGCCUCACCGCCGACGGGAACCUCAAGGUGUGCCUGUUCGGCGCGGCGGAGGUGUCGCUGCGGGACGCGGCGCGCGCGGGCGCCAGCGACGCCGCGCUCACCGGCCUGGUCCGCGCCGCGCUGCGCAACAAGAAGGCGCGCCACGCCGCGCGGACUGCAGAGCCGCGCGUCUGGGCGCUGGCGCCGCGCAUCUCGUUCCCGUGGGCGCCAGCCGCGCUCGCAUCCCGCGCGCGGGCCCCGGUGGGCGCCCGCGCCUACAGCUCGAGCGCCGAGGACGACGCCGGCGCCUUCUCGCACCUGGACGGCAGCGGGCGCGCGCGCAUGGUGGACGUGGGCGCCAAGCCGGUGACGGUGCGCAGCGCCGCGGCCGAGUGCGAGCUGCGCGUGGGCGGGCGCCUGCUGCGCCUGCUGCGCGACGCGCGCCUGCCGAAGGGCGACGCGCUGACGGUGGCGCAGCUGGCGGGCGCGCUGGGCGCCAAGCGCACGGCCGACCUGAUCCCGCUGUGCCACCCGCUGGCGCUGGACGUGGUGCGCGUGCGCGUGGAGCUGCCGCGCGGCGACUGCGAGGCGGGCGGCGCGCUGCGCGUGCGCUGCGAGGCGCGCGCCACGGCCCGCACGGGCGUGGAGAUGGAGGCGCUGACGGGCUGCGCGGUGGCGGCGCUGGCGCUGUACGACAUGUGCAAGUCCGUGGACCGCUCCAUGCGCAUCUCGGAGCUGCGCGUGGUGCAGAAGUCCGGCGGCCGCAGCGACGUGUCGCCGCCGCCGCCGCCGCCGCUGCGCGCGCCGGACCGGUCGCCGCUGGGCGAGGGUGAGACCUACGCGCCCACGAACGUCAUGCACUUUUGA